AUGGCCACGCCCCAGCCUCUAGCAAUGCCGAACACCUUGGUGACCCUCCCCAACGACCUCGCCCUUUCGAUACUCGGCCGUGUCCCGUGCAAGGACGACUGCGCCAGCAUGUCCCUCGUCUGCAAGGCAUGGCACGACAUGAUUGCCCGCCUCAGCGCCAGGUUAGGUGAUUCUAUUUGA